AUAAUGUCUCGUUUUGUAAUGCAAUAUGGUUCAUAUGUUUCUCUGUACUAUUUCGUUUUUUCCUGAUUUGAUUUCUUGCUAAACACCCUUAAAUCCUUUUUUAAUAGGAGGGAGGAUCAACCGUUGACUACAUUUUUCUUAUGACUUUAGCCCUUUCACGUCGCCUCAUUUUCUUAUUUAAUUCUCUUUUGUUUAAACCCUCUGACUUUCACAUUUGGCGAUUUCACUCGUUUCUAAUCGAAAAUCGUCAUCCAGUCCCUCUUUUAUGAAUAAUUGCCUUUAAUAAAACUGGAGACUGGAACACCUGUGGAUUCCAUCGAUUACAAAAGUGAUCAAAACCAUCAUACUAUAAUAUAGUCCAGCCUUUGUUUUUUUUUUGUUUUUUUUUUGUGUUCGUAUAAAUGUCCUACUCUCCCCAAACCUUAAUCAUCAAAAAGAAUUGCCAACAUAUAAAAUAUAAACAAGAAACCACAAAAGUUAAGCACUGAAACUUUGAGUCGACAAAAGAAGAAAAUGUGUCGAAUGUUUUCAUGUCGAUGGAAAUAGUCAAAAUGGAGAGGCAUUCAACAAACCUGAAACCUGGAUGACAUAUCCACUGACAAAAAAUGAUUACAAAUUUGGACAAAUUAGUGGAGUGGCAGUUGACGCCCUGGAUAACAUAUACAUAUUUCAUAGAGCCGGAAGAAUUUGGAAUGCCAAUUCGUUCGACAUUGAAAACAAUUUCCUCCAACCACAAGAAGGCCCGAUAAAAGAAAACACGAUCCUUGUAUUUGACAAAAAUGGCACCUUGUUGAAUGAAUGGGGUAGUGGAAUAUUCUUUUUGCCUCAUGGUAUCACGGUUGAUGCUGAAUUCAAUGUUUGGGUAACUGACGUUGCUCUCCAUCAGAUAAUGAAAUUAUCACCUCAGUCAAAAAGUGCUGUAUUGGUUCUUGGUGUGAGAUUAACACCGGGUAGAGACUCUUCACACUUUUGCAAACCGACAUCUGUAGCUGUUACAGCUAAUGGGGAUUUUUUUGUUGCUGAUGGCUAUUGCAAUUCAAGAAUAAUGAAAUUUAAUUCAAAAGGUGUUAAAAUACUGGAAUGGGGAAGGACUACUGUAAAUAAAGAUUUUCGAACACCCGAUCCAGGAGAGUUCUUUAUACCACAUGCCUUGGCACUGGCGGAGGAUAAGAACUUGGUCUUUGUGGCUGACCGAGAAAAUGGACGGGUUCAAUGUUUUAAUGCCAAUACUGGGAAUUUUUCAUUCAUAGUAUCAUCUAAAGCAAUUGGACACAGGAUUUUCAGUGUAGCAUAUUCCAGCGUUGAUGGAGGAGCAAUUUAUGUAGUUAAUGGUGUAGAUUUUGGUCAAAACGUACCUGUGCAGGGUUUUAAGUUGUCAAUGAAAGGGGAAUUGCUUGGAAGCUUCGGCCCAUUGACGAAUCCCCAUGAUAUUGCCAUUUCUAAUAAUGGAAAAAAUGUAUAUGUCGUUGAAAUUUCACCAUUCAAAGCUUGGAAAUUUGUUUUAAAUAACUGUACAUCACAAACUAAGUCGGAGUCUAGUAAAAUGACCACAUCACAGCCUUUACCGGUGAAGCAAGAGGCUGUUUAUACCAUUCCGGCCAGUGAAAAAGGACUCACUGGUGCACUUAUGGUGACCGGCGCUUGUAUUUUAUUUUCCGCAGCUAUCGUUAUAUCAGCAUUUAAAUAUUCACGUUCACGAGAAUCAGGUAGUGCAGAUUGGGACUCAUUAAUUCAAAAUGCUGAUAUUUAAGAACACCCUUAUUUUAUUUUUUUAACCAUGUUUGUUUUGUUUCCAUCUUUCUUGGAAAUAUAUUCCAUAUUUUAAUUAUUUUUUUUAAA